CUGUGUUGACGGGCGUGAUCUUCCUCCAAUAAGAACGGAGGGCUGAGUCCUGGAGAGCCAAUAACAAGAAGCCGAGGGACGGUGGCGGCGGACUGUUAAGAGGAAACAAGAAGACAGGCCCAAGAUGGAGGCGGUGGUGGUGGUAGCGGUGUGACAGGAGCCCUAUGGCACCCGUUCAGUCCUACCUCAGCCCAUCUUGACAAAAGCAGGUUCCAUGGAACCACCACGAGGCCCUCCUGCUAGUGGGGCUGAGCCAUCUCGGGCAGUUGGCACUGUCAAAGUGUACCUGCCUAACAAGCAACGCACAGUGGUGACUGUCCGGGAUGGCAUGAGUGUCUAUGAUUCAUUGGACAAGGCCCUCAAGGUUCGGGGUCUCAAUCAGGAUUGCUGCGUGGUCUACAGACUCAUCAAAGGAAGGAAAACAGUCACUGCCUGGGACACAGCCAUUGCACCCCUGGAUGGUGAAGAGCUCAUUGUGGAGGUCCUAGAAGAUGUGCCACUGACCAUGCACAAUUUUGUACGGAAGACAUUCUUCAGCCUGGCCUUCUGUGACUUCUGCCUUAAGUUUCUGUUCCAUGGCUUCCGCUGCCAAACCUGUGGCUACAAGUUCCACCAGCAUUGUUCCUCCAAGGUCCCCACAGUCUGCGUUGACAUGAGUACCAACCGCCAACAGUUCUACCACAGCAUUCAGGAUUUGUCUGGAGGCUCCAGGCAGCAAGAGGUUCCCUCAAAUCUCCCUGUGAAUGAGCUGCUAACCCCCCAGGGUCCCAGCCUUUUCUCUAUCAGCCCCCGCACCCAGCCCCGUGACCUGGAGCACUUCUCCUUCCCUGCCCCUGCCAAUCCCCCACUGCAGCGCAUCCGCUCUACAUCUACUCCUAACGUCCACAUGGUCAGCACCACAGCGCCCAUGGACUCCAGCCUCAUGCAGUUCACUGCUCAGAGCUUCAGCACCGAUGCUGCUGGUAAAGGUGGUGAUGGAGCACCCCGUGGUAGCCCUAGCCCAGCUAGUGUGUCCUCGGGGAGGAAGUCCCCACAUUCCAAGUCACCGUCAGAGCAGCGAGAGCGGAAGUCCUUGGCAGAAGAAAAGAAAAAAGUGAAGAACCUGGGGUACCGGGACUCAGGCUAUUACUGGGAGGUGCCACCCAGUGAGGUACAGCUGUUGAAGAGGAUUGGGACAGGCUCUUUUGGCACUGUGUUUCGGGGGCGUUGGCAUGGUGAUGUAGCUGUGAAAGUGCUCAAGGUGGCGCAACCUACUGCUGAACAGGCCCAGGCCUUCAAGAAUGAGAUGCAAGUACUCAGGUGAGGUUGGUAUGUGUGUAUGUGGGAUGGG